CCUGAGUACGCAGACGCACGAGAUUCCAUAUUGUUCGUUGUAGCUCAAACGUUGUAUUUAACGAAGAGUGUGCGUGGGUUACUUAAGGUACACAAACAUAUACGUUAGUAUUCUUCAGGUAUGUCUACGAGUGACUUUUACCUGAGGUAUUAUGUUGGCCACAAAGGUAAAUUCGGGCACGAAUUUCUGGAAUUUGAAUUCAGACCUGACGGCAAGCUGCGAUAUGCAAACAACAGUAACUACAAGAACGACGUUAUGAUCAGAAAAGAGGCUUACGUUCAUAAAAGCGUGAUGGAAGAGUUAAAGAGGAUCAUUGACGACAGUGAAAUCACAAAAGAAGAUGAUGCAUUGUGGCCGCCUCCUGAUAGAGUCGGCCGACAGGAACUGGAGAUCGUCAUCGGUGAUGAACACAUCUCAUUCACAACUUCAAAGAUUGGAUCUUUAAUUGAUGUCAACCAGUCCAAGGACCCAGAGGGGCUCAGAGUCUUCUACUAUUUGGUUCAGGACCUAAAAUGCCUUGUAUUCAGUCUCAUUGGCCUCCACUUCAAAAUCAAGCCCAUCUAACUGUUCAGCUCAUUUUAGUCUGGCUGAAAAUCAUUUUAUUUUUUGUUUUCAGAAUUUGUACAUUGCAGUUUUGUUGUCUUGAUUGUUUUUUAAAUAAAAGGUGUACCAUUGUCUCUCUUUA